CAUUCAACUCAGCAUUGUUAAUUUAAGGUUGUUUUCUCCCUCUCUCCCUCCCUCUCUCUCUCUAAACAUUUUAUAUAAUUAGUAACAAUUUAAAAAAGAAUGAGUGAAGCUGUGGAAUUCUUUCCUUACAACAAUGGCUUCUCAUCAAAGGUGCACUACGAAAACAGUCACUUGAUCUUAGAUCAAAAUCAGGAGGAAGAAAAGCAAGAUUCUUGGUUUGAAGAAGUGAUCGAUGAUGAUCUAAAAUGGUCUUUUGCUUUGAACAGAGUGCUGCACAAAGGAACUAGUGUGUAUCAAGACAUUGCUCUUCUCGACACCAAACGAUUUGGGAAGGUUUUGGUGAUUGAUGGGAAGAUGCAGAGUGCAGAAAUUGAUGAAUAUAUUUAUCAUGAAUGCUUAAUUCAUCCUGCCCUUCUAUGUCACCCCAACCCAAAGACUGUGUUUAUAAUGGGAGGUGGCGAAGGAUCUACUGCAAGAGAAGCACUAAGGCAUAAAUCAGUAGAGAAUGUGAUUAUGUGUGAUAUUGAUCAGGAAGUGGUUGAUUUCUGCAGGAAGCACCUUACAGCAAAUCAUGAUGCUUUUCGAAACAAGAAGCUCAAUUUAGUCAUAAAUGAUGCCAAAGCUGAACUGGAGAAGAGAGAAGAAAAGUUUGAUAUAAUUGUGGGAGAUUUGGCAGAUCCUGUUGAAGGAGGGCCAUGCUAUCAACUAUAUACCAAGUCUUUCUAUGAAAAUAUUCUCAAGCCCAAGCUCAAUAAUAAUGGGAUCUUUGUCACUCAGGCUGGACCGGGAGGUUUGUUCACUCAUAAAGAGGUCUUCUCAUCAAUAUACAACACAAUUAGACAAGUCUUCAAGUAUGUUCGCGCUUACACAGCUCACGUGCCAUCGUUUGCUGACACGUGGGGAUGGGUCAUUGCAUCGGAUCAACCACUCAGCAUCGAUGCAGCAAAAAUGGACAUCAAAAUAGCAGAGAGAAUUGAAGGGGAAUUGUUGUAUUUGAAUGGCGCCACAUUUGUUUCAUCAACCAUUUUGAACAAGACUGUUGCAAAAACGUUGAAGAAUGAGACCCAUGUUUAUACUGAGGAAAGUGCUAGGUUUAUCCACGGCCAAGGAGUUGCAUGUCGGAAUUAAUUACAAAUUGGAUAUAUAUAUAUAGGUUAAUUUCAAAUUGCUAUGUUUGUGGGUUGUUGCUGGAGAUUUACUAGCAAAUUAAUUAAAUCCCUUGUUAUAUAUUAUAAGCAUUUUCAGUUUGUUUGAUCA